GAGUUAUGGCUGUCCUAAAACUCCUUAAACCCAAAACCUUCUCUUCUCCACACAAGCAAGAGAACCUCUUCCUCUUCUCCACUUGGUACUCUCCACCGUCACCAUCAUCACCCCACCUUGAAGAUCCAAUUCUCUCAACUCUCUCAAAUGCAAUCAAUAACAUUGAAACAAAACCUUUGCACAUUUCUCUCAGUAAAAUCCUCCCAUCUCUCAAACCCACUCACAUCAUCAACUUAAUCAAUCAAAAUCCCCACUCUUUAUCUCCACACUCCAUUUUUUCUCUCUUCAACUUUCUCUCCUCAUGCCCAACUUAUCGCCAUACAAUUCAGUCCUCUUGUGCAAUGGUCAAUUUCCUCUUUAAUCAUCAAUUGCACUCUCAAGCUCAGUCUUUACUUCAAUUCAUUGUCUCUCGUAAAGGUAAAGAUUCAAUAUUUUCAGUUUUUUCUUCGAUUCUUGAAAUAAGUGAAGAUACCCACCUCUCAAAUUAUGUGUUUGAUGGAUUAAUGAUUGCUUACAUUGAUUUGGAAUUUAUAUCUGAUGCUAUUCAGUGCUUUAGGUUGGUUAAGAAGCAUAAUUUUAAAAUCCCAGUUCAUGGUUGUAAAUAUUUGUAUGAUAGAAUGAUUAGGAAUAGUUUGCCUAUUGUUGCUUGGAGAUUUUAUUUGGAGAUUUUGGAAUCUGGGUAUCCACCGGAUGUUAAAAGUUUUAAUCUUUUGAUUAAUAGGUUUUGUAAAGAAGGUGGAAUUAAUGAUGCUCAUAUGGUUUUUGAUGAAAUACGAAAGCGGGGUUUGCGGCCUACGGUUGUUAGUUUUAAUACUUUGAUUAAUGGAUAUUGUAAGUUGGGGGAUUUGGGUGAAGGUUUUAGGUUGAAGAUGGUAAUGGAGGAGUGUAGGAUAUUCCCCGAUGUUUUUACUUUUACUGUUUUGAUCAACGGGUUGUGUAAAUAUCGUAGAUUGGAUGAUGCUAAUUGCCUGUUCGAUGAAAUGUGUGAGAGAGGAUUGGUUCCUAAUGAUGUUACUUUUACCACAUUGAUCGAUGGGAAAUGUAAGAAUGGUAGGAUCGAAUCAGCCAUGGAACUUUAUCAGAAAAUGUUAAGAAAAGGUCUCAAACCUGAUUUGAUUUUGUAUAAUACGCUCAUUAAUGGCCUUUGUAAGGUUGGAGAUCUAAAGGAAGCAAGAAAUGUAGUUGAUGAGAUGAGGGUGAGAUGUAUGAAACCUGAUAAGAUCACAUACACCACUCUUAUUGAUGGGUACUGUAAAGAGGGGGAGUUUGAAUUGGCUUUGGAGAUUCGAAAUGAAAUGGUUAAAGAAGAAAUCGAGCUCGAUAACGUAGCGUUUACAGCUAUAAUUUCAGGACUAUGUAAAGAAGGAAAGGUGGUUGAUGCAGAAAGAACGUUGAGGGAAAUGUUGAAAGCGGGUCUUAAACCGGAUGAUGCAACGUAUACGAUGGUGAUGGAUGGAUUCUGUAAGAAGGGUGAUGUGAAAACAGGGUUUAAUCUGCUCAAAGAGAUGCAGAGAGAUGGGCGCAUACCCGGAGUGGUGACUUAUAAUGUGCUAAUGAAUGGAUACUGCAAGCAAGGUCAAAUGAAAAAUGCUAAUAUGCUUUUAGAUGCUAUGCUCAAUUUGGGUGUAGUUCCAGAUGAUAUAACUUAUAACAUUCUAUUAGAAGGUCAUUGCAAACAUGGAAACCUACAAGAUUUUCAUAAACUACAGAGCGAAAAGGGAGUUGUAGCAGACUAUGCAUCUUAUAAAUCACUUGUUAGUGAAUUAAGUAGAACUUCUAAAGUUCGCCGAAGCGGAUGAUUGGCAAUGAAAGUUCGCUGGAAAACCUCAAGUAAGCGAAAAUUGGCAACCGGAAUGAAAUUAAAUUAGAGGUAAAAUGUGCAUCUUGAUUUGUGUUAACGGUGUGAUCAGUCAGAUGAACUAAAACAAACAUGUACAGCAUAUAUCAUUAGUGAAACUAAACCAGAUGGUAAAAUCUAGCGGAUUCAUUUACACUCUCCGGUCAUGCACACCAUGGAAUUUGAAAGCAUACCUAUUCUGGGAGGUAACAGUUGAUACAUAUUUGGAUCUUGUCGUUUAAUGUUUGGGGAAGAUCAAAUAAUUUAGUUUUAUCUCUGAUUUAUAACUCACCGAGUCUGUUACAAGCAAAAAAAAAAUGAAUUGAUACUGCUUCAUGAAGCUUGGGGUAAUUUUGAGUCCAAAUUUUCAUAAGGUGAUACUUAGGGGUGAGCAAAAACCGAGUCGAACCGAAAAACCGAGUCAAACCGAACCGAAAAACACCAAACCGAAAAAUAAAUGAUUAAAACGGUUUGAUUUGGUUUUGUAUUUAUUAAAUUUGCGGUUUUCGGUUUCGGUUUGGUUUUAGUGUUCGGUCACCGAACCGAACCGAAAAAACCGAAUUAAUGGGAAGGUCAUUUCAGUCAUUUUUAUAUAAUACUAUAUAUAGUCUUUUAAUCCCAAAACCCUAAUAAUUUACCCAGCCGCACUCUUCCCUCAUUCUCACCCUCACCAAAAUUCAUGUUCUCACCCACUAUUUCCUUCUCUUACGUAUUGUUUGGAUUAGGGGUUGAGAUAGGAAAGGAAGGGAAGGGAAUGGUUGUAAAAUUUCAACCCCUGUUUGGCAAAAUUUUUUUAAAGGUUUUGAGGGGUUGAAAAAUAUUUCCCAACCCCCCUCAACCCUCAUAUGCCAACCCCCCAUAUUGGGGUGUUGGAUUAUUUUUAACUGAUUUUUUUUAUAAACCCUUCAUUUACUUUAUUAUUUUCCCAAACAUGGAAGGGUUAUGCACAACCCUUACCUUCCUUUACCGUCCCUUACGGUACUUUACUUUACUUUAAAAACCCGUACUUUACUUUAAUGCCUUCUCUUCCAAACAAAGCCUUAUUCUCUUUUAUCCUAAAUCGAACCUAAACCCUACUAUUUCAUUAUUAUCGCCGACCGUUGUCUCAUGGGUUUUGUCCACCCGUGUAUACCAGGGAAGACCAAACAAGAUCGGAUGAUGAUAAUAUGGUGGAGAUCGGGCGUUGCAUAUAUCGCCGGAGAAGUUUGUUGAUUUCUCUUCUGAUUUCUUGGGUGGAUGUAAAAAGCUUGCUGUGAAUUUAUUGUUGAAAGUUAGUCAUAUAUAUAAGAUGAUUUCCUAGUGAUUUGGUUUAUAUUUUCUAAAUUUGUAACUGUGAACAAUUUGUUUUGAAUUUAUUAUUGUAUUUGUAUUGUUGAUUUCA